AUUAUCUUCUUGGACCUGUUGAUAGAGUAUCGCCCGGGUAACCUAGUCGGUUGCAAUUUGCCCUUCCCGAUUAACAACAGAAGAAGGGCAUAGUAGAGAGAGAAUCAAUGGCCGACGAUCUUGAUCAACUCUUUGACAGCGCUUUGGACGAUUUCCAGAAUCUCAAUCUCAUUUCUUCUCAGAGGGAUGGAGAUGGGGAGGCUAAGAAAUCAGAUGGCAUCUCUACGUCUGGUGAAGUUCAAGGAUUGGUUAUGGGUUUGCCUGAUUUAAGAAGCAAGAAGAAGGGUAAGCAAAAGGUUUCUAAGGAUUCUCAUGUUUCUGAAGCUCUUGAUCAGCUGAGAGCCCACACUAAAGAGGCUGUUAAGGGUCUGGAGUCUGUAUCAGGACCAAGGGAUGCUUCAAUAGAUGACUUUUCCAAGGAUCCAAUGAUGGAGGAUUGGGUUAAGCAAUUUGAGGAACUUGCUGGCUCUCAGGAUAUGGAAUCUAUUGUGGAGACAAUGAUGCAACAGCUAUUGUCUAAAGAAAUUCUGAAUGAACCUAUGAAAGAGAUUGGAGAAAGAUAUCCAAAGUGGUUGGAAGAUAACAAGUCGAAGUUAAGCAAAGAUGAAUUUGAUCGUUACUCAAACCAAUAUGAACUGAUUAAAGAUCUAAACAUAGUAUACGAAACCGAGCCAGAUAACUUCACCAAGAUUGUUGAGCUUAUGCAGAAGAUGCAAGAAUGUGGUCAACCGCCUAAUGAUAUUGUAAAAGAACUUGCUCCUGAUUUUGAUCUGUCAAACCUUGGACAACUAUCCCCCGAGAUGCUCGAUGCUCAACAGAAUUGUUGUGUGAUGUGAAACAUUUAGGUUAUUAUUUGGUUGGAAGCAUGUUCACAGGAUGUCUGUGUUGCAGUUGUGUGAGUGAAAUUGAAAAAGAAUAAGGAGUUAUAUAAUAUUGUUUCGAAAAAUGCUUAAUGAUUAUAUGUCUUUUAACCAUUACAAUUACAUCUUAUAUGACAUUAUUUAUAGCUAGUUUCAUGUAUUUUUACU